CCACCCACUCAUUACUGCUCUCGUCGAGAGAUGGCGCACAGAGACUCAUACAUUUCAUUUCCCGACCGGUGAGGCCACCGUCACAUUGCAGGACGUAUCUGUCCUAUACGGUCUACGGAUUGAUGGGCGAGCAGUUACUGGACUUGACCCAUCAUUGACGACGGAGCAGUGGAUAGCGCUAUGUGCUGAGCUAUUGGGAGUAGCACCUACACUUGCAGACUUACAGGCAGGUAGAGUGAGGGUGAGGUGGCUGUCGGAGCAUUUUCAGGGCGAUUUUCCAGAUGAUGCUGCAGAUGAGUUAGUACAGCAGCAUGCGCGAGCAUAUAUUUUGUGGCUUAUUGGGGGGGUACUUCUCCCUGAUAAGUCACAGAACCUGCUCAAGUUGAUGUAUUUGCCACUGUUGAGAGACAUUGACGUCAUCGGCCAGUACAGCUGGGGCGCCGCGGCUUUGGCAUGCUUGUAUAGGAUGUUAUGUCGAGCCACUCAGGUGGGUGUGACUCAGAUCGGAGGACCCCUUGUCUUGCUACAGAUUUGGGCGUGGGAGAGAUUGAUUCGCAUUGCCCCGUCUAGGCGGCAACUAGUUGCUCCUGGUGAGGUUCCCAUCGGGCAGGGAGACAUGCAGAUGCCGGUCGGACCUCGAGGUAGCCGGUGGAGGGUUGACAUGAGCCACGAGGUCGUAUCGACCCACGUAGUGGUCGUGUAUAGAGACCAGCUUGACCGGAUGAUAGACGGCGAGUUUAUCUGGCAGCCUUAUGCUGAUGUCCUCCAGACGCUCCCAGACUACUGCCGCCUAGGUGAGGAUAUAUGGAUGGCGAGAGUAGCACUCAUUUGUUUUGACGUGGUUGAGUGGCAUCUCCCUGAUCGUGUCCUCCGACAGUUUGGUCGGGUCCAGGCCGUGCCGGAUCGGUGUGACACCGAGUGGCGGUUGCAUGCGACGGAUAGACGUGGCCGAGCCAGCACUGACUGGAGUCAGCAUCAUAUGCGAUACAUACAGUUGUGGGAUGCCCGUCGCGACACUAUUGUACAGGCUGACUGGAGCGAUGGGGUCCUCCCCUCUCCCGACCCUUACAUGUUGUGGUAUCGGCGACAUACACACCUACUUGUCGGUAAUCCGAGCCACCUGUCCGAGGCCGGAUAUCAGGGAGUUGGGCCUUCUCUCGAGGCAUUGGUGGUUCGAGCUGGGAGGUCAUACCACUUGGCUGAGGACGCCAUUUUCAGACGUGAUGGACAGCUUGGUCUGCAGGCCCUUGUAGAGAUCAGAGAGUUAUUGUAUGAGGGGAUCCAGCAUGCCCAUCGGGUAGAUCGUCUGCAUUUUGGGGACUACGGUGUACACAGUGCAGCAGCUGCUCCAGACACAUCAGUCCCGUCCACGUCAGUGCCUCCCAGUUCAGCGCCAGCCACAGCAGGUCCUUCGACUUCAGUCACCCCACCACAUGAUACCCCAUACAUUUCUCCAUAUUCCCCACACGUACAUCUUACCCAGCAUGCUGACCCUGACCCUGAUUGGUCACCGCCCCGCUUCAUGCAUGAUGUUAUUACCCCACCCACCCAGUUACAGCCUACUUUUCUGGGGAGUACUUCGACCGCGCCCCGGUUCAUGCAUGAUGUUGCUACCCCACCCACCCAGUUACCACCUGCUUUUGUGGGGACUACUUCGACCGCGCCCAGGAGUACACAUGAUGCAGUUCUCACUGACAUCUCCCACAUUGAUGAUGAGGCCCAUAUUGAGCCCCCCUCCAGAGCGCGAGGGAGAGGUUAUGGUCGUGGGGGACGUCGCGGCCGAGGUCGGGGUGUGGGCAGAGGCAGAGGUCGGGGUCCAGCUGCAGAUCGUGAUAUAGUUGCACCAGACGAGGGAGUGGGAGUUUCACAGCUCACAGCAGUAUAUGAUCUACAGGCACAGGCAGGAUCAGGGGCAUCAGAUGCAGGAGAGGGGGGGUCACACUCACACUCACAGGCGCCACAGGCAGUCAGUGGAGGGCCGCAUGCAGGGGAGAGAGUGCCAGAUAUUCAGAGAGUCUACCGUAGGAGACCGAGGAGGGAGAUCUACGGUCGGGGUUGUGGGACUGGGGGCAGGUUAGGGCAUUAGCGGUUGCGAUAUGGACUAUAUAGGUUUUUUUUUUUCUUUUUUUUGUUUGUAUGUGUCAAA